AUGUCGUACGCUCCUCCUUACGGCGAUCCUUACGCUCGCCCUCCCCCAGAUCGCCCACCAUACGACCCCUACGGGCGCCCACCUUCUGAUCCUUAUGCGCGCCCUCCCCAAGAUGGAUAUGACCGUCCCCCCUACGACGGCGGUCGCCCAGCAUACGACCGAGGCCCAUACAGUGCACCCCCUCCUUUAGCCCGUCCCCCUCCAGGUCCCCCACCUCCCCUGCCCCAGGGCUGGGUCCAGGAAUGGGAGCCCAGUGCCCGUCGCGCAUUCUAUGUAGAACAGGCCACUGGUCGCUCCCAGUGGGAGGCACCUUACCAACAGCCCGGCUACUCUGGGUACAAUGAUGGUUCUCGCAGCGUUCCUCCCCCGAGCCCCAAGGGCCCUCCACCUGUGCCUUAUGAUAACCGCAGCCCUGGCUACUAUCAGCAGGGUGAGCCUGAGAAGAAGAGCAGCAAUGCUGGGAAGUAUCUCGCAGCCGGUGCUGCUGGUUUGGCUGUCGGUGGUCUUGGCGGUGCUUUGAUUGCACAUGAGCUUGACGAGGACUCGGAAAAGUCAGAUCGCGAAGAAGCUUAUGAACAGGGCCGUCACGACGAAGAGGCUUAUGAGUCAGAUGGUGGUUGGUGA